AUGGAUGAGGACCAGUCUGACUCUUAUGACUCUAUUAAAACCGCUGUGCUGUCUAAGUUUAAUGUAACAGAAGAGACCUACAGAUUCCGGUUUCAAAGCAUCAGUAUUCCAGUGGGAGAGAGUGUACGUGAAACCUACGGUCGGAUAAAGGGACUCUACAAGCGAUGGAUGCGGCCUGACAGUCGAAGUAAAGAAGACAUUGGGGAAACAAUCAUUUUGGAGCAGUAUCUACGUGUGCUUCAACCAGACGUCCGCACAUGGGUGAAGGAGAACAAUCCAAAGACUGGAGAGGAAGCGGCAGACCUGGCUGAACGUUACCUGGCUGCUCAUAGAGAACCUUCUAAGUCAAGAGAGACUGAGAGACCAAGGUCUAUGGAGUGGAAAAUUCCUAACAACUUUAAAGAGAGACAAGAAAACGAUCCAUCUUUGAAACCUCUCUUUAAUAAAGCACAUAAAGAUGGUGGAAAAGAGAGUGCUGCUGAGUUUAAAAGUUUAGCAGGAGAGCCUUUCAUUAUAAGGGAUAAUCUUUUGUAUCUAGCAGACAUUGAUGAACCCAGACUUGUUGUGCCAAAAGAAUACCGUUCAGUAAUUCUGCAUUUGGGUCACACUAUACCAUGGUCAGGGCACUUAGGACAGGCAAAAACUUAUAAUCGUAUUGCCCAACGUUUUUAUUGGCCAGGAUUAUAUAAAGAUGUAGUUGAAUACUGCAAAACAUGUCAUGACUGUCAGUUGGUGGCCCCUACUAAAGUUUCAGACCGUGCCCAGUUGCAGACAUUACCUAUAAUGAGUGUUCCUUACGAGAGAAUCGCCAUGGAUAUCAUAGGUCCUUUACCUAAGAGCAGUAAUGGCUAUAAAUAUGCAUUAGUCAUCUGUGAUUAUGCAACCAGAUAUCCAGAUGUUUAUCCAUUACGUUCUCUGCAGGUCAAACACAUUGUUCGGUGUUUAGUAGACCUUUUCUCCAGAGUUGGUAUCCCAAAGGCGAUUCUGACAGAUCAGGGUACCAAUUUCAUGUCACAAGUGAUGAAAACUCUUUAUGAUCAACUGGGUGUAAAAGGUAUUCGUACUACUCCAUACCAUCCAGAAACCGAUGGUUUGGUAGAACGAUUUAAUGGUACAUUAAAGCAAAUGUUUAUUGAUGAUACUGGCAAAAACUGGGAUAAAUGGUUGCCUUUCCUUUUGUUUGCUUACAGAGAAGUACCACAAGCCUUAACUGGUUUUUCUCCUUUUGAGUUGCUAUAUGGGAGACAGGUUAGAGGCCCUUUGGACAUGCUGAAGGAGAACUGGGUGGCUGGAGCGGCGUCAGGAUCCAGUGAAGCGGCUUCACCAACAAACAUCAUCUCCUACAUACUUCAGAUGAGAGACAACCUGGAAAAGUACAGAGAACAAGUUAAAGAUCAUAUGGAGAAGGCUCAACAUAAGCAAAAGGUAUGGUACGACAGACGUGCCCGUGAAAGAGAGCUGAAGACUGGCCAGAAAGUCUUAGUACUCUUGCCCAGUGGGCCAAGUAAGUUGCUUGCUAAAUGGCAAGGACCCUACACUGUGGUUAGAAGAGCAGGACCAGUGACUUAUGAAAUUAUCUGUCCAGAAAAACAAAAGUCAAGGCAACUGCUUCAUGUAAAUCUAUUAAAGGAGUAUCAUGAAAGAAAUGUUCCAGAAAUGGAUGUGAAGCAGAUCCUGAUGGUACAAGAUGUUCAGCCAGAAGACAGUGCCAUGUUGAAAGAUGGGGAAGCUGAAAUGAGUCCAUGCAGAGAAUUGACCAAAUCUGAAGAGGCUCCUAAGCAUCUGACUCCUGAUCAGUGGCAACAGCUGGGUGAGAUUAAAGGGUCUUUUCCAUCUCUGUUUGCAGAUGUACCUGGGCGAACUGAAAUUAUAACACACAAAAUAACUUUGAAAGAUACAACACCUGUUCGUCUUAAGCCUUACCGGAUUCCAGAAAGAAUGAUGGAUCCACUGAAAAAAGAGGUCCAGAUGAUGCUGGAAAUGGGAGUUAUAGAGCCAUCAAGAAGUGAGUGGUCAAAUCCCAUUGUGUUGGUUCCUAAAAAAGACUCAAAUCAACUACGUUUUUGUUCUGACUUAAGAAAGUUAAACAGCAUUUCCUGUUUUGAUUCUUAUCCCAUGCCACGCAUUGACGAGCUACUGGAAAGACUGGGGAAGGCCAAAUACAUCACAACCUUAGAUUUAUGUAAAGGUUACUGGCAAGUGCCUUUAGAUCCAUCCUGUAAGGAAUACACAGCCUUUCAGAUUCCAGGAAUGGGUUUAUUUCAUUACACGGUUCUACCAUUUGGUCUUCAUGGAGCACCAGCUACCUUUCAAAGGUUGAUGGACAUUAUCCUUAGUGACUGUUCAAAGUUUGCUGCUGCCUACCUGGAUGAUGAUGUGAUCUACAGUGAAACUUGGGAGAAUCACCUACAGCAUCUAAAGGUUGUAAUGGCAAGGAUCCAGAAUGCUGGUCUCACUCUGAAUGUGAACAAGUGUGCAUGGGCACAAGAAGAAGUAAAAUAUCUGGGCUACCUUGUUGGCCAUGGACAGAUAAAGCCACAACUUGAAAAAGUAAAAGCCAUUCAAACAAUUCCCAGACCUCAAACAAAGAAGCAAAGUCCUAACUUUUCCAAGCCAUUUGUUGUUCAAGUGGACGCUUCAAAUGUUGGUCUUGGAGCAGUGCUAGCUCAGGGAGAAGCUGGUGAAGAAAAACCUGUCCUUAAGUAAAAAGCUUUUUGACCGGGAGAAAAAGUACUCCACAGUUGAAAAGGAAGGACUUGCAAUAAAGUGGGCUUUGGACUCUUUAAAAUAUUAUCUCCUAGGAAGGGAGUUUACUCUGCAAACUGAUCACAGACCUCUGAAGUGGAUGCAUUCCAAGCAGCAUCAGAAUGCCCGUAUAUUACGUUGGUGCCUUGCCCUUCAGCCAUACCAGUUCACCAUACAGCAUUGUCCAGGUAAGAAAAAUCUUAUUGCUGACUACCUUUCUCGUUUACCUGAGUUCUGUAAACCAGAGGGGGAGGAAGUGAGUAAAUGUUAAGAAGCAAUAAUAUUUUCUGUGGCGUUUGAGUUCUAAAGUGUGUGUAUGUGAUCCUUUUGUUUGUUUAGUGUUUGUUGCCUUUUGGGUGUGUCCUUGUGGCGGCCAUCUUGGAGCCUGCCGGGGAGGAGGCCCAUGUUUGCCGGACUUUGAUUGGCUGGGCAGUUAAUUGAGAAGGUGGGGACAACAGUAUAUAAGGAGACUGUUGGCUGAGCCAAGAAGAGGGAGAAACCUUGAGAGUCUGAA